CUUCUCUAAUAACAAGGAGAGAGGAGGAACACUAGUUUUUCUGGGUUUCAUUUUAGCUUCAUUAGAAGAAUCGCAAAGUCCAACGAUCCCAAAAAUGGCAACAACAGUAACUCUCCCAUCGAUGAUUAUUCCUCGGAGUUGGAAUUCGAAACUUUCUUCUCCACACCAAAACGGACCGUUUUGGGCCAAGAAAACACCCUCGAUUUCUAGCACUCUUUCUCUCUCAUCCACAAAAAUUAGCAGAAGCAGCUCUUCUACUACCUUGCCUGCUGCCUUGCCAUUCGAUCUCUCUCCUCCUCCAAUCGAUCACGACUUCCUCGAUGCUCUGACACUUUCAGGUACAAAGGUUUCGGAUGAUGGGAUUGUUGAAACAUUUGACAAUGAUGAUGAAGCAUUAGAUGCGGUUGAUAAUGGGGUUGUGGUUGUGGACCUUUCACAUUAUGGCCGGAUAAGAGUUAGUGGAGAAGACCGUAUCCAGUUUCUUCACAACCAAAGCACUGCAGAUUUUGAAUGUCUUCACGAAGGACAGGGAUGUGACACUGUUUUUGUUACACCAACAGCUCGGACAAUUGAUCUUUCACAUGCGUGGAUCAUGAAAAAUGCAGUUUUAUUAGUAGUUUCACCAGUGACGUGUCAAAGUAUAACUGAAAUGCUGAACAAGUACAUAUUUCCCGCUGACAAGGUCGAGAUUCAAGACAUCUCCAAGCAAACUAGCUUAUUUGUUUUGGUUGGACCCAGAAGCAAUCAAGUAAUGGAGGGGUUGAACCUUGGUGAUCUUGUUGGACAACCUUACGGCACACAUCGACAUUUUAGUGUAAAUGGAAUGCCAGUUACUGUAGGGGUGGGAAAUGUCAUUUCCGAAGAAGGUUUUUCUCUGUUGUUGACACCAGCUGCUGCUGAAUCAGUCUGGAAAACCAUUCUUUCUCUGGGUGCUAUCCCAAUGGGCUCUAAUGCGUGGGAAAAACUAAGGGUUCUUCAAGGUAGGCCGGCUCCUCAAAAGGAACUUACUAAUGAAUUUAAUGUCCUAGAGGCUCAUCUCUGGAAUUCCAUCUCUCAGAACAAGGGGUGUUACAAGGGACAGGAGACUAUAUCUAGACUCGUAACAUAUGAUGGAGUCAAGCAGAGACUUUGGGGAAUUCGUCUAUCAGCACCAGCAGAACCUGGCAGCCCCAUCACAAUUAAUGGGAAAAAGGUGGGAAAGAUAACAAGUUAUGCAUCUGGAAGAAAAGAAUCUGAGCAUUUUGGUUUAGGCUAUAUCAAGAGGCAAGCUGCUUCAGAAGGAGACACUGUAUUCGUUGGAGACGACAUCACAGGGACAGUGGUGGAAGUUCCUUUUCUUGCACAGCAAUGCCCACCAUCACGUGGUUCAAGUUCUUGAGGUACAAUUAUCAUGUAGAUUAAGAUGAACCCCUAUUUUUUACAGAUUGUUAUCUGAUCUCAUUUUUCACCACUAUCAGAUGUAAAUGUCAUUUUUUGAUGGUGAUGACUGAUGAUGGCAAUGGUGAAGAUGUUUGAUACUUGGUUCCUAGUUCUUGUUUUUAGUCCUUAAUCAGGUCUUGAAAUAUGAAAGUAGGAAAUGGUAGGGAGUGUAGGAGUGGUCUUUCUGCCCCUUGGACAGUGGGUUUUCUUGUCUUGGCUAAAAGUAGUAUGGUAGAUUGGUUUAAAAGCGAUUUUUUUUAAAAACGUGAAAGCUACUCUGAUGUCUAGAGCACUUGUUUUGCUGCUCGAUUAGAGAUAUGAGGUUUCAAACAUCAAAUGUCGAUUGGACUAAAAUGUGAUGUCUUCAAUUUCUGACUC